AUGUAUUUUAUUCAAAUUCUCAACGACCCUCACACAAAUCCCAGACAAAAAAUUGUUCCCGCAUACGUUACAGCAGCUCUUAUUGAGAAUAAUUACAAACCAGCACAAGAGUUGCUGACCGAGAAUCGUUAUGUGACACUUUGCAUCGAAUUACUCUCGGACACAGCCUUAGGGCAAUGUCGUUUAUUACGCCUUUGGUUAUUGAUCGGUUUGGGUCGUCUUUGGGCCGAUCAUAACGAUGCUCGUUGGCAAGCUAUCCGAUUGGUUGCCUAUGAAAGGGUGAGAGCAAAUUUGUGUGACUUUCAGUGUAAUGUUAAUCAGUUUGAUGUUCAAGGAAUGUUUUUAUGGAUAACCUUUCGCUGA